AUGGCCACGAUUCCUGCAGCCGUUGACGGGGACCUCCUCCUGACUGAAUCCAACGCCAUCUUGCAAUACGCGGCUGACCUCUCCAAAUCGGACACAUACUAUCCCAAGGAUCCGAAGAAGCGUGGCAGGAUCAACUGCUGGCUGCUGUGGGAGGCUUCGCAGUGGUUCGCGAGCUGCUACGUCUACCUCGUCGAGAACGUCGUCAAGCCCAACAUCCUCAAGACCGACCCGGACCAGGCGGCGCUGGACAAUGAAAAUGAGAGGUUCCACAACCUGUGCGGCGUACUAGAUGCCGCCUUGUCAAGACACAGGUUCGUGGCCGGCGAGGAGCUGUCCAUUGCGGACAUAUCGGUUGCCGCGCCAAUGCACCUCUGGAGGGAGUCGAAGCUCGAACUGGACAAGUACCCAAACAUUCUUCGCUGGAUCAAGGAAGUCGAGGCUCUGCCGUCGUGGAAGAAGACACAAAAGGCCGUCACGGACGCCCUGUGUCCUGACUCUGCAAAUGGAGCCGCCGGGCACUCCCCUACAGCAACAAAUAAUGUCCGGGCAUCCAUCAACUACACGAAAGACGUCAGCCCCCAACUCACAGAAAUCUACUUUUACGAAUCCCCCGCUGCAUCUCAAAUCCACGAGCCCGGCGAUGACCCCCACGAGAUGACCUUUCACGACGGCUGGCAGCGUGAUGCCGAGACCUUCUCCGUCGACAGGGAAGGGUUCGCGCUCCGCGACUUCCACACCGACUUUGACGCGUGGGACGACAACGACGCGGUGCGCAGGCACUUCUACCCAGAGGUCGUCUCGUUCCUGCGCAAGGCUGUCGGGGCGUCCGAGGUCGUCGUGUUCGACCACACCAUCCGCACAAAGGCGAACCAGGCCAAGCCGCUGACCGACACGGCCAACACGAGCCAGCGCGCCCCCGUGAUGCUCGUGCACUGCGACUACACGGCCGAGUCGGCGCCUCUGCGCCUGCGACAGCUGCUUCCCGACGCCGCAGACGCACAGCAGCACCGCGGCCGCAGGGUGGCCUUCUUCAACGUGUGGAAGCCGGUCCGCAACCGCGUCGAGGAGCGUCCCCUGGCCAUGUGCGACGUGACCUCGUCGCCGGCCGCCGACUUCUUCAAGCUGCACCUGCGCUAUGCGGACCGCGACGGGGAGAACUACGUCAUGCGGCAUAGCGAGCAGCACAAGUGGUGGUACUUCCCUGGGAUGACGCCUGGGCAGGCCAUCUUGCUCAAGACGUACGAUAGCGAGACGGACGGUCGCGCGAGGUUUGUGGGACACACGGCGUUUGAGGACCCGAACUCGCCAGCGGAUGCCAAGACGAGGGAGAGCGUGGAGAUUAGGACUAUUGCAUUUUUCUGA